AUGACGCGAAAUUCCCUCUUCAACUCCGCCCUCAAGCAGUCGUCGGCGAUCCGUCGGGAUCUGGAUACCUUUGCUCAGUCCCCGUCGACUUCCUCACCCGCGCUCCAAGGCCAGAUUGCUGCUUCGCUGGCUUCGUUGACUCGGACCGUCGAUGACUACUCUGCCCUCUCGAAGAAGGAAUUGAUCCCUGAAAAGCAACAAAAGGCCUUUGACCGGGUGAAGAACUUUCGCGACGAGCUGUCCGAUUACCGGGGGCAGUUUGAUCGACUCCGCAAAGAAAGAGAAGAAGCUCUCGAUAUGGCCGUGAUCUACGGUCUCCGAUGGUAUUUGGAGCCCUGCUUAUCAAUGAAUUUGCAGCAAUCGGUCUCGAACCGCAGUGAACUCUUCGGCCGCCGACCACAUCAUGCCGCUACGCCCGAGAACCCCUACGCGCAACCAUCCCAAUCGCAUUCCACCUCUUCUUACGGUUCUUCGGGACUGAGCUUUGGCGCAGGCCCGGGAGAUCACAAUCGCGAGGCGCAUGCGCUGCGGGAACAAUCCUUUUUCGCCAGCACGCAUACCCAGCUCGACGAGUUCCUGGACCGGGGUCGCGCCGUCCUGACCGACCUGGGCGAGCAGCGAGAGAUCUUGAAGGGGACGCAACGCCGCCUAUACAGUGUGGCCAAUACGUUGGGCGUGAGCGGAGACACCAUCCGCAUGGUUGAGCGGCGGGCGAAGCAGGACAAGUGGAUUUUCUGGGGCGGCGUCGUGGUAUUCUUCCUCUUCUGCUGGCUGGUGCUGCACUUCCUGCGGUAA